AUGAUGAUGCGGUGUUGGGUCCUGGCGCUGGCAAGCUGCCUGCUUGCCGGACUUUUCGUCCAGACCGAAGCGUACUACGACCCGGAGCAUGAGCACCUACGCUGCGGGCACGGCUUCUACUACGGCAGCGGGGGCGGCGGGCUACAGUACGGCGCGUCGCUGGGAACGGAGCAAGCCACCGUCGCGGCAGCGCCCGCUGUGGUGUCGUACGUGUCCGCGGCGCCCGUCGCCUCUUACCAAUCUGCCGGCGGCUCCUACUCACUGGGCGCAUCCUACUCGUCUGGAGGUUACUCUUCGGGCGGCAGCAGCUACUUGGCCGGAAGUUACUCGGGUGGAGGGUACGUGGGUGGUGCGACGCCCGCCAGCUACUCCAGCUACUCGUCGCACGCGUCCAAGGUGGCUGCGGCGGCGUCGCUAGGCUCGUACGUGAGCGCGCACGCUCCCGCCGUCGCCUACGCGGCGCCCGCCCUCAAGGGGGCGCCCGCCACGCCCGUCGUCGCCCCCGCCAAGUACGCCGUGCAGACUGCCUACACCGCCCCUGCCAUCGCCUCCACAUCCUAUUCCCCUUCCUCCGGCCUCAAGUACUCCGCCGCCGCUAUCGCCGCCCCUGUGGUCACUUACGCCAAGUAUUCCGCAGCCGUCGGUCCCGCCAUCGCCUAUGGCAAAUACUCGGUGGGUGCCCCGGUGGUGGCUACCGCUAAGUACACCGCGCCCGUGGUAGCCAAGUACGCCGCAGCACCGGUCGUUGCCGUGGCCGCACCCGCGUUUGCUUCCUACUCGUCCAACGCUGACCUCAAGUACUCCUCUGCGCACGCGGCGUCGCUGUCGUCGUACUCCUCCGGCGGCGCCGGCGCCAUCGCCACGCCUGCGUCCUACGCCACCUACUCGGCCGCCCCCGCCUACGCAGCCCCGGCGGUCGUGGCCGCCCCCGCCGUGGGGUCGGCGCCCGUUCGUUACGCCCCGGCCACGCCCGCCGUCGCCAGCUACGUGGCCGCUCCGGCCGUCGCAAAGGUGCCCGUCGCCGCCGUCAAGACCGUGGCUGCUAAGCACAUCGAACACUACGAUGCACAUCCUCGUUAUGCCUUUGAGUAUGGUGUCAACGAUCCACACACAGGUGAUGUAAAGCGGCAGUGGGAACAGCGAGAUGGAGAUGUAGUUAAAGGCCAAUAUAGCCUUGUGGAGCCUGAUGGCAGUGUGCGCACAGUCAAUUAUGUUGCUGACUGGGAAACAGGUUUCCAUGCCACAGUCAAUAAGAAUGGCCCUUCAGUUCACAAAGCAUCAGCAGCCCCAGUAGCUGUUCUAACUAAACAGGCUGCAGGAGCCCAUUAA